AUGGGGGCCAAGCCGUCAAGCGCUCACUGCAGGGACAAGGGCCCCAGGAGGAUGGUGCUCCUGCGCGGGAGGCAGCCCUUCUCCCCGUGGGAUGACAGCCUGCUCUUGGGAAAGGACCCCCGGGCUCUGCUGAAGCGGGGCAUGCACCACGUCAGCUUCAGCCUGGUCACCAAGGGAAUGACGGACAUCCCCAGCUUUCUGUGGGGCUUGUCUGAGGUCCAGAAGCUCAAUCUAUCUCACAACCAGCUCAGGGCUCUCCCGCCCGAUGUGGGGAAGCUGAGUCGGCUGGUGGUCCUGAACCUAUGCGGGAACCGCCUGCGGAGCCUGCCCCAAGAAAUCAGCCUCCUCAAGAGCCUGAAGGUCCUGUUCGUGAACAUGAACUGCCUGACGGAGCUGCCGGCUGAACUGAGCGCUUGCAGAAGCCUGGAGGUCCUGAGCUUGUCCCACAACUGCCUCUCCCAGCUUCCUGCCAGCCUCGCUGACCUCUCCAGACUGCGGAAGCUGAACCUCAGCAACAACUACUUUGCUCACAUCCCCAUCUGUGUGUUUGCGCUGAAGGAGCUGGAUUUCCUGCACGUGGGCUCCAAUCGCCUGGAAAACAUCGCCGAGAGCAUCCAGUGCCUGGUCAGCCUGCAGAUCUUCAUUGCGGAGAGCAACAACAUCCACUCCUUCCCGCGGUCGCUCUGCCUGCUCACGGGCCUGGAGCUGCUGAACUUGAACAACAAUGACAUCCAGACCCUCCCGGACGAGCUCUACCUGCUGUGGAGACUGGGGCGGAUUGCUUGGAACCCCAUGGACAAAGGGCUCCACAUUUCCCAUAACCCAUUAUCCAAGCCUCUGCCGGAGCUGGUAGAGGGGGGCCUCGAGAUGCUCUUCAGUUACCUCAAGGACAAAAAGCACAACUGA